AUGGAAGAGGAUUUUCGUGUCGAAAAGCAGACGUACAGUUACAAUUUUUUGCCAGAAGUACUUUCUGACAUUCGUGUUGUCGUGGGAAUAGAUUUUGGCACAACAUUUUCGGGCUUUGCAUGUGCUAAUAUUUACUCCCGUGAUGUUAUAACUAACCAAAGUUGGCCAGGUGUAAAUGGCCAAUUUAAAACUAAUACUGUUUUACAAUAUAAUGAAAAUUAUGAGGGUGUUGUUGAGUGGGGUGCCCGUGCUUUGGUUCCAGAAAUCAGCCGACGAGAGAGUAGAGCAGAAAACUUACCAAGGCCAAUAGAACUUUUUAAACUUCAUUUAGGCAAUGUUUCAAAAGAUCAAAAGUCAAAGUUACCAUUCGGUCUUACGACUGAAAGAGUUAUCACUGAUUACCUUCGCAAGAUGGGCGAGGUAAAAUUAAUAAAAGAAACUGUCGAAAAACAUUGGCCAGGAACAAACGAAGGAACAAACUUUUUUAGAAUGGUACGUUUAGUGGUUACCAUUCCUGCAGAAUUUACUGAGGAAACAAAAGCUAUUAUGAGACACUGUAUUUACAAAGCUAAUUUAAUUAGCAAUAGUGGUACACAAAGCUUACAAUUCACUACAGAACCUGAAGCUGCCGCCGUACACUGUAUAAAAGUAUUAAAAGACCAUGAAUUGAAAGUCGGAUCAACCUAUCUAAUUGUUGAUUGUGGAGGUGGAACA